AUGGCGCAGACCAUCCAGCAACGCCUGGCCGAACAACCGCCCACCGGUUCACAGCCGAUCCAGUACAUGGCCACAGUGGAUGCGUACGACAAAUGGGCCGAGGUCUACGACACAGACGGCAAUUUCCUGCAACGGCUCGACACCAUUGAGAUGCGCGCCCUGCUACCCCGGUUCCUGGACCACGUGAGCGCACGCUUCGGCUCGACGGACCAGCUCACGCUCGUGGAUCUGGGGUGUGGCACGGGCAGGAAUACGAUCCAGAUGCUGGAGGCUCUAUCUCAAAAGACAAGCCUUACGGCCACCCCCGCAAUCGAGGUGGUAGGGCUGGAUGCAUCACCGGGGAUGCUGGAGGUCGCGCGGACAGCGAUCCAAGCGAGUGUCUCGCACAGAAACAAGACCGAGGAGACUCACAGUCCCGCAAGCUCGCUGGCAGUCUUUGAUCUCCUGCAACCGGAUUCUGGCAGCGCACAGCUCCCGCCGUCACUACGAGGUGACCACUCUGGCGCGGCGGGGGUGAUCUCCACGCUGGUGCUGGAGCACAUCCCCCUGAAAGAGUUCUUUGCGGCGGCGUCGGCGAUGAUGCGACCCGGUGCGUAUCUGCUCGUGACGAAUAUGCAUGCGGAUAUGGGGGCGCGCAGCCAGGCUGGGUUCACGGAUCCUGAGACUGGGGUCAAGAUCCGUCCCACGAGUUACUGCCAUUCCAUCCCCGAGGUGCGCGCAGCAGCAGAUGAAGCCGGGUUUCUGGUGGCUGAUCUGGUCGGGGAGACAGGGGAGAAUGGGGUGUUGGUGAGGGAUGUCGAUGAGCGCUUGGGCAAUGUAUUGGGCGAUCGAGCAAAGAAGUGGGUUGGGGUGCAGGUGUGGUUUGGAGUGUCUUUUAGGAAAAGAGAGUGA